GCUGCACGCGCUUCCAUCACUCUGCCUUCAGGUGUGAAACAAAAAAAUAAGACUGAAAUGCAAAAAUCUUGAGAAAAGGCAAAAUGAAGAAAGUGUUUACCGCAGAGGAAAUUUCUGGCUGGUUUACCUCCGGGGCGAAGUUUACCAACAUCAAGCUGACAGAAGAAGUUAUUGAAAAGAAGUUAGAUGAACCUGCGUCGAAAGAAACCAGCCCCGUUAAGGUUCCUGAUGAAGGCAGCCUAAAGGAUGCAAACCUUGGAGAGACUGCAAAGAGUACUGCUCCUCCUCCACUUGCAAGCUAUGAGUACCCGACCUUGCCCAUAACCAAAAACAGGCAGGAGCUGGUUUCUCUUAUAGAAAACAACUCUGUAGUGAUCAUUCGAGGAGCCACAGGCAGUGGAAAGACCACCCAGCUGCCACAGUACAUCUUGGACCAUUACAGUGAGAAGAAUGCCCCAUGCAACAUUGUGGUCACCCAGCCACGCAAAAUCGGAGCGAUGAGUAUUGCACGCUGGGUUGCCACACAGCGAAAGUGUACCCUGGGUAGUCUGGUGGGAUAUCAGGUUGGAUUGGAGAAGAUGGCUACUGAGCACACUCGGCUGAUCUAUAUGACCACAGGAGUACUUCUGCAAAAACUGGUUUCAGCAAAGUGCCUCACAGAGUACUCGCACAUAUUUGUAGAUGAGGUUCAUGAGCGGACUGAGGAGAUGGACUUCCUCCUGCUGGUUUUGAGAAAACUUCUUCAUUCCAACUCUCGUUAUGUCAAAAUCAUCCUCAUGUCAGCCACAAUUAACUGCAGACAGUUCGCUGAGUACUUUGGUACCCCCAUUCUUGGCAAGAUGAACCCGGCCUAUGUGUUUGAAGUGGAGGGAGCACCCUAUGGUAUCGAGGAGUUUUAUCUGGAUGACCUCCACCAUAUGUUUCCAAGCAGGGUUGAGACACACCCAGAUGACCCUCACAUUCCAGUGGAGAUGUACAACCUUGCCAUCAGUCUCAUUCAGAGCUUUGAUGAGAUGGAGAGCAAAGAUCCGAACAGAAUAGAGAAAGUUGGUGGCGUGACUUCAUCAGAACGUGGCAGUGUCCUUGUUUUCCUUCCUGGUUUGUAUGAAAUAAGCUACAUGCAGGAGGCUUUGGCCAAGCUGGUCCACAAACGGUUGCAGGUUUAUCCUCUCCACUCCACUGUUACGCUGGAGGAGCAGAACGGUGUGUUUUUGUGCCCUGUUCCUGGGUACAGGAAGGUCAUCCUUUCCACCAACAUUGCUGAGAGUUCGGUGACUGUUCCAGACGUCAAAUAUGUUAUUGACUUCUGCCUGGCCCGUCACAUGGUCUGUGACCAAGACACUAACUACCAGUCUCUGCGUCUCACCUGGGCUUCAAAAACCAACUGCAACCAGCGUAGAGGCAGGGCAGGUCGAGUGUCCAAGGGCUACUGUUACCGUCUUGUCACUAAAGAGUUCUGGAGCAAUGAAAUCCCGGAGUACAUGAUCCCUGAGAUGCUGCUCUCCCCGUUGGCCACUAUCUUGUUGAAGGUGAAGCUACUGGAUAUGGGCGAUCCCCGCUCCCUCCUCUCCACAGCGCUUUCUCCUCCAAACCUUGGUGACAUAGUGAGAACAGUUCUUCAACUCAAAGAGAUGGGUGCACUUUCUGCAAAAAGUGAUGGCAAUGGUCAAAAUGAGGAUGGUGAGCUAACGUUCCUGGGCCAUGUGCUUGCUCACCUGCCUGUUGACCUAUACCUGGGGAAGCUGAUUGUCCUGGGCCACGUGUUUGGAUGUCUGGAUGAAUGCCUCAUCAUUGCUGCCUCACAUUCUCUGAAGAGUUUCUUUGCUAUUCCAUCCAUGCAGCAGCUUGCUGGCCACAGGAGCAAGUUGGCUUUUGCCCAAGGCACACCGAGUGACUGCAUAUCUUUUGUCAAUGCCUUCAAGGCUUGGCACUCUGCCAAAAAGAAAGGACAGCUGAGGCACCCCAAGGACGAGUUGGACUGGGGAAAGGAGAACUUCAUUCAGAUCAAGAGAAUCAGAGAGGUUGCAGAGCUGUACGAAGACCUGAAGAAACGAGUAGCCCAGUUCAACAUGCAUGUGCAAGAGAACAUGCAACCCCUGGAUUUCACCAGUACACACAGACAGAAGUUCAUUCUUCAGGUGGUCAUUGCUGGUGCCUACUACCCCAACUACUUUUUCCAGGGGGAACUGGAUGAAAAACUGGCCUCCAGAGAGAUGAGUGGUUUCAACCCCAGAACAACAGUGAUGGUGAGGAACCUCCCUCCUUACAGUUUCCUCUAUUACAAGCAGCUGCAGUCUCUGUUCCGCCUGUGUGGACAGGUCAAAACCAUUUCCUUUGACAGCUCCAGAGCUUACGUGGAGUUCUACAAGACGUCCCAGGACUCAGGGGUGCUACCUGAGGUGUCCCUUGCCCUCUUCAUGGCGCAGCAGAAAGCUCCUUUGGAGAUGUCUGUCCACCCCAUUGACCAGAUAGAAAUGUGUGCUGGGAACAGAAGCAUAACGCACAUGAAAUAUUCAAGGGUGAAUGUUGACCUCCAGAGCCAGACUGUCUCCCCUGUGGGAGUUGUGAGCAGCACCAUUAAGCCAGACAAGCUGCCCCCUCACCGCUUUUUUGUGAUCAACAUCACAAAGGUGCUGGAGGUGGGAAAUUUCUGGGGCUUCCAGGCAGAUGAAGCCAGCUUAGAAAAGCAGCGCAGACUGACUGCAGAUAUUAACAUGCAUACACUGCAACCAGUGACUGUGUCCCUCUACCCCAACCUGCUGUGUCUGGCUCCUUAUGCUGAGCCCAAUGAGCAGUGCAUGUAUUACCGCGCCAAAAUACUGCACAUUCGUGGAAACUCAGUUGAGGUCUUCUUCUUGGACUUUGGCAACACAUCAGUUGUUGCCAUCAGCAGCCUCAGAGAAAUCCCUGCUGAAGUCCUGUCUCACCCAUUCCAGGCUCAAGAGUUCCAAGUUAUUGAAAUGCGUCCUUCAGCCGGGUCCAUCAUCCUGGGGAACCAGUGGAGCAGCCGAGCCCGCAAUCGUUUCAUCACGCUGGUGAAGGGUCGCUCACUUCUUGUGUCCCUGUACUCCAUUCUCCACGAUGUCAUGCGUGUGGAGCUGCUCAUCAGCACGGAAACAAGCAACACCAGCGUGUUGGACAUCUUGGUGGAAGAAGGACAUGCUGUGAAGACUGAAGAAAGCUUUGAUUCUAAGAUGAGCCAUGAGGCACUGACGUCCCUGUACAAAGACAUGGAGGCAGGUACGCAUGUUCCGAACUCUGCUAGUAGCUCCUGGGAAGAUCGCAAGAAGGAGGAGAAGGAGCUCAUUGACAGUCUGCUUGACCACUUCUCCAAGAACCGCCCGCCCAUUUCAAGGGGAAAGCAGGUUCAUCUUCAAGGACCUAACAGUCCCUAUAAGAUAAACUUUCAUAGCUUGAGCCACAAAACCUACUACAAGACAGUCUGCAUCGAGAAGUGCAGCAUGAACUCCUUGGCCCUGAAUGAAAACCCACACUACAAACAUCAGAGGAUGCUGGUGGCUGGGAGUGUAUCAGUCAACUCUACAGGGACACGGAUCUUACUGAGACAGACAUCCAUCAUGCCAGACAUCCCUGGACUGCCUUCACUCAUCACCAUGCUCUUCACACCUAUUAUGGAGUUACGCACUGAUGAAGAGAGGACUCGCUACACUGGUGCACUAUGUGGCUUGGGCUGGAACGGUCAAACACAGGAGGCCAUCCUACCUGAGCAUGACAUCGAGCUCGCCUUUGACUUCAAGUUUGACGUUGAAGACAUCACUGAGAUAAAUGCCCUGCGAGUGGCUGUGAACCGCCUGGUAUGUGGAGGGUCUUCUGGCACUAAACAUCUGGGACCCGACAGGGUCGCCCAGCUGCAGGAGGACUGCAGAGACCGCCUGAUCAGGCUUUUCACCAAGUCACCUCCAAGGGAAGCUGUCACCCAAAUGUAUUAUGAGAAAAUGGGGAAAUGGAAUCAGGUGGAUCCUGCUCUGAAGAUGGACAAUGUUGAGCCUGGCAGUGCAAAGACAAGAGGUGUUCUUUUCCAGCUGCACCCUGUCAUCCUUCUUAGCAGCUAAAGAAAAUCAUUAGUUGUUUUUGAACUUUUGUUUAGUUUAAAAUACUGACAGUGUUAUUUUACUGUAAGAAUUUUGGUAAGAUUUUAAUUUUAUUUUAUUCAAAGGGAUAAAGUUUUAGUCGAGACAAAGCUGAUGCUUUGAGGAGUGCCCCUAAAUCCUUUUUUAAAAAUUAUUUUCAACAGUCACUAGAGUUGUUAUUUCCUGUUCAAAUCAGUUGCUGCAGCACUUGAGCAGUGGGCCAUUAAAAAUAGUUGUUUGCAACAGA